AUGUCCUACCUACCUAAAACACCGUCGCGGCACCGUUCUCGCUCUGAGACGAAGACUCCUUUGACUCCUUCCCUCGCUACAGGUCUUAACUCACUGAGCACAGCACUUCCUGGACAGUCUUCCCCGACCAAGUUCAAAGCAGAUGUUUCUAUCAAUCCUUUCUUGAUGAGCCAGCCCCCAGCACGGCGAGCCACGAGUCGACCGGUAUCACCCAUCAAGCGCACGACAAGCGGCGCAAUCCAAGUGUCUGAGAGUUUGCAGCGCCAAGCAAACUCCGGAGUCGUUCGCAAGGGCGGCGUCGAAAGUAGAUUAGAUGUCAUAACGCGAGACUAUGUCCCUCCCAAACCCGAAAAGCGAUCAAAAUCUCAGCCCACACGAGACCCGCGGGACAGGUUCAUCACGACGCGGGAUACCACGGACGACGUAGCGGCGACGUUGGAUAUGAUGUCCCUAAAUCCAAGAUCUGCCUCGCCAGGGCAUACGGCGCGUCUGGCUGCUGCUGCCGGUGUACCACUCAAUCGCCGUGUGCUCGCCUACCACGAGCCACCUCCUGCUUCUUCCUCUGACCCGCUCCUUGCACAAGCACGGGAGCAUGUACGUCCACUGUAUGCCCGUCCGGGUGCUUUGCCUACUUCAACGUCCACCACGACGAGCAAAGGUCGCAAGAUUGCGACGCUGCCAGAGCGUGUGUUGGACGCUCCAGGAAUGGUAGACGACUUCUACCUUAACCUGGUCGCGUGGAGCUCGCUAAAUGUGCUAGCGGUAGCUUUGGCUGAAAGCACCUACUUGUGGCGAGCAGAUACUGGAGAAGUCUUGCAGAUGGGUGAAGCGCCAGAGGGAUCGUAUAUUGCCUCAGUGGACUUCUCCAACGACGGUCAAUUUCUGGGUGUUGGAGUAGGUACGGGUGCAGUCGAACUCUGGGAUGUGGAAACGCACACCAAACUACGAACGAUGGCUGGACAUUCAAGUCAGGUUGCCUGUUUGUCCUGGCACCAGCAUACUCUUACAUCGGGUUGCGGCGAUGGGAGCAUCUGGCAUCAUGAUGUCCGCGUGGCAAGACAUAAGGUCGGCGAGCUCAUGGGGCAUCAAGGUGAAGUAUGUGGGUUAAAGUGGCGAAGCGAUGGCGAACUGUUGGCAAGCGGCGGUAAUGACAAUGUCGUCAAUGUCUGGGAUGGCCGAGUGGGUGAUGUCGCAUCUAGGACUAGGUCUUCAGCUCGUUGGACGAAACGUAACCAUACAGCUGCUGUCAAGGCUAUUGCAUGGUGCCCCUGGCAACCAUCGCUGCUUGCGUCAGGUGGAGGCACGUCUGAUGCUACCGUGCACAUAUGGAAUACGACCACGGGAGCACGUUUGCAUUCUCUGGUGACACCCUCCCAGGUUACAUCAAUCCAAUGGUCGCCGCAUCGGAAAGAAUUUAUGACAACACACGGUUACCCAACCAAUGCCCUCAUGAUUCACGCAUACCCCUCUAUGGAGCGCAUCGUUGAAAUACGGGAUGCACAUGAUUCCAGAGUGCUGUGGAGUGCACUGGGCCCGAAUGGCGAUGUGGUGUGUACAGGAGCGGGCGAUGAGAAUCUUAAGUUCUGGCGCCUUUGGGAGGUGCCAAAGGCGAAGAAGGGCAAGGAGGUAAAGGAAUCAAGCCGGAUGGGAACAGGUAGUACGAGCAGUGGCAUCUUGAGCAUUCGCUGA